GACGCCCGCGGCUCCGUCGGUCGCUGUGUCGCCCCAGGGCAGCGAGCGAGUGGAGCGCGUGGGGCGCGGAGGAGUGGUGCGAACGCAGGGUGGACGAGGACGUGCUGUGAUCGGGCGGAGUGCUCUGAGCGGGGCCGCGCCGAGCGCUAUCGGCCGCGGCAGCCAUGGCCGAGAACGAGGGCGGCUCCGAGCAGGAUGACGUGUCAUUCCUCCGAACGGAGGAUAUGGUGUGCCUCUCGUGUAACGCCACGGGAGAGCGCGUCUGCCUGGCCGCCGAGGGGUUCGGCAACCGCACCUGCUUCCUGGAGGGUAUCGCAGACCGGAACAAGCCGCCGGAUCUGGCCGCCUGUGUGUUCGUCAUUGAGCAGGCGCUGUCAGUGCGCGCUCUUCAGGAGUUGGUGACGGCCGCCGCCUCUGACACGGAGAACGGCUCUGUAGGAAAGGGCACUGGCUCUGGUCACAGGACUCUGCUCUACGGCAAUGCCGUCCUCCUUCGUCAUCAGAACAGCGACAUGUAUCUGGCGUGUUUGUCCACCAGCUCAUCCAAGGACAAGCUGGCAUUCGAUGUCGGUCUGCAGGAGCACUGCCAAGGCGAGGCUUGCUGGUGGACGAUCCACCCUGCCUCUAAGCAGCGCUCAGAGGGCGAGAAGGUCCGAGUGGGAGACGAUCUGAUUCUGGUCUCCGUGGCCACCGAACGCUACCUGCAAGCGACGUUGGAGAACGAGGUGCCGAUCGUGAACGCCUCGUUCCACGUGACCCACUGGUCCGUAUCUCCGUUCGGCACUGGUCUCAGCAGAGUCAAAUAUGUCGGCUACCUAUUUGGCGGCGAGGUGCUGCGGUUCUUCCACGGCGGAGACGAGUGUCUGACGAUUCCCUCCAACUGGUCCGAGGAGGACUCACAAAAUAUCGUGGUGUACGAGGGCGGCAGCGUGGUGAGUCAGGCACGCUCCCUAUGGCGGCUGGAGCUGGCCCGCACCAAGUGGUCGGGAGGCUACAUCAACUGGUUCCACCCCAUGAGGAUCCGGCACAUAACAACAGGAAGAUAUCUGGGCAUCAACGAGCACAACGAAAUCACGCUCAUACACCGGUCGGACUCUACCGUGGCGUCCACCACGUUCUACCUCCGCGAGGAGAAGGACGACAACAAGGUGAUGCUGGAGGACAAGGACCUGGAGGUGAUCGGCACGCCGCUCAUCAAAUACGGCGACUCGACCGUCAUCGUGCAGCACAUCGAGUCCGGACUCUGGCUCUCAUACAAGGCCUUCGAGACGAAGAAGAAGGGCGUGGGAAAGGUUGAGGUAAAGCAGGCAAUCCUGCACGAGGAGGGAAAAAUGGACGACGGCCUCGAGUUCUCCCGCAGCCAGGACGAGGAGUCGCGCACGGCACGAGUCAUCCGGAAAUGCAGCUCGCUGUUCACAAAGUUUACAAAGCAGCUGGACCAGAUCCGCACCUCCCGGCGACACUCGGUGAUGCUGAGCUCGAUGAACCUCAAGGAGAUCGUCAUGUGCCUCGAGGAUCUCAUCAACUACUUCGCUCAGCCGGACGCAGAAAUGGAGCACGAGGAGCGCCAGAUUAAGCUGCGCGCGCUGAGGAACCGCCAGGACCUGUGUCAGGAGGAAGGCAUCCUCAACCUCAUCCUGGACGCCAUCGACAAGAUCACGGUCAUCACCAGCGAGGGCUACCUGGUGUCUCUGGCUGGCGAGGAAUCUGGGCAGAUGUGGGACAUCAUCAGCAACUACCUCUACCAGCUACUCGCGGCGAUGAUCAAGGGCAACCACAACAACUGCGCCCAGUUCGCCAACUCGAUGCGCCUCAACUGGCUGUUCUCUCGACUGGGCUCUCAGGCCGGCGGAGAGGGCAUGCUUGACGUACUGCACUGUGUGCUGAUCGACUCGCCCGAGGCGCUGAACGUGAUGAAGGAGGAACACAUCAAGGUGAUCAUCUCUAUCCUUGAGAAGCACGGUCGCGAUCCCAAGGUGCUGGACGUGCUCCGUUCACUGUGUGUUGGUAACGGGGUGGCCGUGCGCAGCUCGCAGAACAACAUCUGUGACUACUUGCUGCCGGGCAAGUCGCUGCUGCUCCAGACCGCGCUGGUCGACCACGUCUCCAGUGUUCACCCCAACAUUUACGUGGGCAAGGUCCAGGGGUCUUCCAUGUACCUUAAGUGGUAUUACGAAGUGACCGUGGAUCACAUUGAACAGGCGAGCCACAUGCCUCCACACCUGCGGAUGGGCUGGGCCAACACGAUGGGCUACAUUCCCUACCCCGGCGGAGGGGAGAAGUGGGGCGGCAACGGCGUGGGCGACGACCUCUUCUCGUUCGGCUUUGACGGCGCCCACCUCUGGACAGGCGGCCGGAAGAACGAGGUCUUCCGUCAGGAGUCGGAGCCGUACAUCCGUAAGAAUGACGUCAUCGGCGUGAUGCUCGACCUGACCGUGCCGUCGAUCGAGUUCACCUUCAACGGGGAGAAGGUGCUCGGCUGCUUCCGGGACUUCAACUUGGACGGCAUGUUCUUCCCCGUCAUCAGCUGCUCGUCCAAACUCAGUGCCCGGUUCCUGCUGGGCGGCGACCACGGCCGGCAGAAGUUCGAGCCGCCCGAGGGCUUCUCUCCCGUCUCCGAGUGUCUGCUGCCCGCCCAGCAGAUGUCCAUCGACCCGUGCUUCCACUUUGGCGAGCUGGCCAAAGGCGUGCUGGCCGGCCCGCUGGUGGAACAGGAGGACCCCGUGUUUGUACCGCAGCCCAUCGACACGUCGGCGGUAUCGCUGCCGCACUACGUGGAGCAGAUCCGUGACCGGCUCGCAGAAAACAUCCACGAGAUCUGGGCCAUGAAUAAGAUCGACGAGGGGUGGCGAUACGGCGAGGAGCGAGACGACGAGUACAUGCUGCACCCGUGCCUGACCCAGUUCGAGCGGCUGCCGCCCGCCGAGAAACGCUACGACAUCCAGCUGGCACUGCAGACUCUCAAGACCAUUGUGAAGCUGGGCUACCACAUCACGCUGGACAAGCCGCCGAACCGUAUCCGCUCGAUCCGACUGCCGAACGACCCGUUCAUGCAGAGCAACGGCUACAAGCCGGCGCCGCUCGACCUCUCCCAGGUGUCCCUCACAGGCAAGCUGGAGGAGCUGGUGGAGAAGCUGGCGGAGAACACCCAUAUGGUCUGGUCCAAGGAGCGCAUCCAGCAGGGGUGGACCUACGGGCUCAACGAGGACAUGGAUAUGAUUCGCACUCCCCAUCUGGUGCCUUACCGACGCGUGGACGAGGCUAUCAAAAAGGCGAACAGAGACACCGCCAGCGAGGCUGUGCGGACUCUGCUGGUGUACGGAUACAUCCUGGAUCCGCCGUCUGAACAGCAUGACGACGGCCCCACUGAUGACCUGCUGAACGGACGGGCUAACUACCGCACCUACCGAGCCGAGAAGACGUACGCCGUCAGCUCCGGAAAAUGGUAUUUCGAGUUUGAGGUGCUGACCGACGGACCGAUGAAGGUGGGCUGGGCCAGGAUCGACGCCCACCCGGGCCGCCAGAUCGGCCAGGACGACUCGUCCUGGGCCUUCGACGGCUACCAUGCCCAUAAACACCACAGCAACCAGGUGGACCUGCUGGGUCGCAAGUGGCACGUGGGAGACGUGGUCGGUUGCAUGCUCGACCUCCACGACCGAACCAUCAGUUUCUCUCUGAACGGCGAGCUGAUGAUGGACGCGAUGGGCGGAGAGACGGCCUUCUCCGAGGUGGCCGGCGAGGCCUUCGUGCCCGCCUGCACGCUCGGUCUGUCCCAGCGCACCCGUCUGGCGUUCGGACACGAUGUGAACGCGCUCAAGUUCUUCACACAGUGCGGUCUGCAGGAGGGAUACGAACCGUUCUGUGUGAACAUGACUCGUCCGAUGACGUUCUGGUACACCAAGGACCAGCCCAUCUUUGAGAACGUCGACGAGGUGGAGAACUCGCCGAUCGACGUGACGCGCAUCCCUGCCGGCUCCGACUCGCCGCCCUGCCUGCGCAUCUCGCACGCUACGUUCGAGACGCUGGAGAAGGCCAACUGGGAGUUCCUGCGACUCUCGCUGCCCGUCACCUGCCAGACCGUCUUCAUCGAUGAGACCGAGAAGGAGCGUCGCUGGCACGAGAUCCGUGUCCGCCAGCACCGGCUGCGGCACGAGGGGCGCAACCGGCCGCCGUCGGCGCUCAAACAGUCCAUGCUAGAGUCCGGAUUCACCAUGUCCGAUAUCAAAGACCUGCAGAACGGCUUUGACGCCGUGGAGGCGGACGAGGUUCUGAUGAACAAGGCCAACGGCGAGAAGGGCACUCCGGCCAUCCCCCGCCGCGGCAGUAAGAUGGCGCGUGCUGCCAGCGAAAUGGACAUCCAGCGGGGACGCGCCGGGAAGGAGAAGACCCCGCAGCCGGACGGAAAGAAAAAGGAGCGCGGGAAGUCGCCGUUCAGGUUCUUCAAGAAGCGUGACCAAAGCACGGAUCGUGUCGGCGGGAAGCGAGGGAAGAGUCAGGACCGGGUGAUCCCCACCCUGGAGCUGCCUGGAGAGCGGCCGCCGCUGGGGGCUCUCGGCGCCGGUGGAUCGGCCGUCCGGCUGUCCCAGGCGGACAUGCGUCUGAUGCCGCCGCAGAUCCCGGACCGGCUCUCCCGUCAGCGUCUGUCGGUAGCCAACGCCCAGCAGCCGGACGGAGAGCCGGCCGGAGACGAUAUCGGCAACGCCUUCGAUGCCGAGUGUCUGCGACUCAUCAACGAGUACUACUACGGCGUGCGCAUCUUCCCCGGUCAGGACCCGGCGCAUGUGUAUGUCGGCUGGGUGACCACUCAGUACCACAUCCACGGCACCACGUUCAGCCAGCAGGCUGUCAGGAAGGUCACCGUGGCGCAUACGGAUGGAUAUGGACAGUUCGGCGACAGUGUGGACCGCCACAGCUGCUACAUGGUGCGGGCCGACGACCUGCUCUCGGAGGUCUCGGCCGACGCGUCGGGCAAGGGCGCCUCGCAGGGCAUGUCGAUCGGCUGCUUCAUCGAUACUUCGACCGGAGUCAUUGCCUUCACCUGCGAGGGCAAGGAGACUAACAUCAGGUUCAAGAUGGAGCCGGGCGUGAAGCUGUUCCCGGCCGUGUUUGUCGAGGCCACCAGUAAGGACGUGCUGCAGAUCGAGCUCGGCAGAACGCCCACUUCCCUGCCGCUCUCCGCUGCCGUGCUGCAGAGCUCCGAGAAACACGUCGUACCGCAGUUCCCGCCUCGUCUCAAGUUCCAGCUGCUGAAGCCGCACCAGUGGGCGCGCGUGCCCAACCAGAGCCUGCGCGUCCACGCGCUCAAACUGUCCGACAUCCGGGGCUGGUCCAUCUACUGCGAGGACCCGGUGCCCAUGCUGGCGCUACAUAUACCCGAGGAGGACCGCUGCAUCGAUAUACUGGAGCUGAUCGAGCAUGAGCGACUGCUCAGUUUCCACGCGCACACGCUGGAGCUGUACUGCGCAGUGUGCUUCCAGUCCAACUACCGCGGCGCUCACAUCCUCUGCCACCACGUGGACGACAAACAGCUGCUCUAUGCCAUCCGGGCCGAGUACAUGUCGGGCCCGCUGCGGCGCGGAUUCUACGACCUGCUCAUCGCCGUGCACAUGGAGUCCCACGCCAAUACCAUGGAGGUGACCAGUAACGAGUACGUCAUCCCGCUGGGUCCCGAGCUGAAGCAGCUGUACGACGAGCCCGGCAUGGCCCACAGUCUGAGCGUCCAGACGACCAUGUCCGUCCAGCCGGCCAUGGCCACACUGCCCGUCACAGACACCAGCGAGAAAGUGAACGAACUGGCGAUCCCGUACUUUGACUUUGAGACGGUGCGCGUGUUUGUAAUGGAGGCGCUGAAGGACGCCUACGUCAAGAACCAGGUGCACACGCGGGAUUCAAUCGGUGGAUCCAACGAGACACUAUUCGUGCCGCUGCUGAAGCUCUGUGACAGACUGCUGCUGAUCGGCUACCUACGAGACGAGGACAUUCAGGAUCUGCUGGUGAUGAUUGACCACGCCUCCUGGGACCCGACCUUCGACCCAGAGGGAAAGGACCAGCACAGGCGGGGUCUGCUGCAGAUUAAGAUGGCGGAGGGCUGCAAGCUGCAGAUCUGCUACCUGCUGCACCAUCUCUAUGACAUCCAGCUGCGACACAGGGUCGAGAGCAUUGUGGCCUUCAGUCACGACUACGUGGGUGAGCUGCAGCGGGAUCAGCUGCGCCGCUAUGUUGACAUCAAGCAGUCUGAGCUGCCCUCGUCGGUCACUGCGCGCAAGACCAAGGAGUUCCGCUGUCCGCCUCGUGAACAGAUGAACUCGAUUUUGAGCUUCAAGAACCUGGAGAACAUCGACCCGGACGACGUGUCAGUCGGCGACGAUCUGAUCCAGCAGAUGAAGGACUUCCACGAUGUGCUGAUGAAGAAAAUCUCCAUCGUCACCGCCGAGGAGGAGGGAGCAGAGGACGCGGAGAGCAGCCAGCCCAAGUCGAUGAGCUCCACCUUCCUCUCCGUCAUCGGUAUGGUGAAGCAGGCCGAGGCGGCCGCCGCUGCCGAUGAGGAGGAGGAACAAAGUCCCGAGGACAAGUUCCGGCGCGUCCUGGUGCCCACCAUCGUCCGCUGGGCAGAGGAGAGCUUCAUUGAGGACUCCAAACUGAUCCGAGAGAUGUUCAGACUACUGCUGCGCCAGUAUAACGCCGUUGGCGAGCUGAUGAAGGCUCUGGAAAAGACGUACGUCAUCAACGCGAAGACGAGCGUCGAAGUGGCGUCUCUGUGGAACUUCCUCUCCAAGAUCCGCGCCCUGCUGCCCGUCCAGAUGUCGCCGGAGGAGGAGGAGCUCGUCAGGAAGCUGCUCUGGUCUCUGGUGAACAACCACGUGUUCUUCCAACACCCGGACUUGGUGCGCAUCCUGCGCAUCCACGAGAACGUGAUGGCCAUCAUGAUGAACACUCUGGCCCGCCGCUCGCAGGCCGAGAACGAGUCGGCCAGCAAUGAGGCGGAGAGCAAGAUGGCGCACGAGCAGAUGUCGACGACGAAGGACACGUCCCAUGAGAUGGUGGUGGCGUGCUGCCGCUUCCUCUGCUACUUCUGUCGCACAUCGCGCCAGAACCAGAAGGCCAUGUUCGACCACCUGCAGUUCCUGCUGGAAAACUCCAACAUCCUGCUGUCGCGGCCGUCUCUGCGGGGAAGUACACCGCUCGAUGUCAGCUACUCGUCGCUGAUGGACAACACGGAGCUGGCGCUGGCGCUCAGAGAGCACUACCUGGAGAAGAUAGCCGUCUACCUGUCCCGGUGCGGUCUGCAGUCCAACAGUGAGCUGGUGGCCAAAGGCUACCCGGACCUUGGCUGGGACCCGGUCGAGGGCGAGCGCUACCUCGACUUCCUCCGCUUCUGCGUCUGGGUCGGAGGUGAGAGCGUUGAGGAGAACGCCAACCUGGUGAUUCGGCUGUUGAUCCGACGGCCCGAGUGUCUCGGUCCGGCCCUGCGCGGAGAGGGCGAGGGUCUGCUCAACGCCAUCAACCAGGCUAACAAGAUGGCCGAGCGGAUUGACGCGCAGAACAACGGAGCGGUCGAGGCUGACGGCGGAGCGUUCAGCAGCCACCCGCGGCCGCUCAGUGACGACGACGAGGAUUAUAUCAACACGGGCGCGGCCAUCCUCAACUUCUACUGCACCCUGGUGGACGUCAUGGGUCGCUCAUCGCCCGAGGAGUUCCUCAUCGAACAGGGAAAGAACGAGUCGCUGCGAGCUCGUGCCAUCCUCCGCUCGCUGGUGCCUCUCUCUGACCUGGAGGGAGUGCUGAGCCUGCCGUUCACGCUGAGGGACGGAGAGGGAGAGGACGCAUCCAGCAGCGACAUGCCGGCGGGUCUGAUCCCGUCCCACAAGCAGUCGGUGGUUCUGUUCCUGGAGCGUGUUUACGGCAUCGAGGACCGCGAGCUCUUCUUCCGACUGCUCGAGUUCGCCUUCCUGCCUGACCUGAGGGCCGCCACCGUCCUCGACAAGAGUGACGGCGGCGAGUCGGACAUGGGUCUGGCUCUGAACCGCUACAUCGGCAACUCUAUCCUGCCGCUGCUCAUCAAACACUCGCGCUUCUACGCCGACGCCGACAACUACUCGAGUCUGCUGGACGCCACGCUACACACUGUCUACCGGCUGAGUAAGAACAAGAUCCUCACCAAGGGACAGCGAGAGGCCGUCUCGGACUUCCUGGUCACACUCACCAGGGAGCUGCAUCCGGGAAUGAUGCUGAAGCUACUGCGGAAGCUAACGGUGGACGUAUCCAACAUCAACGAGUACACCACCGUCGCUCUCCGGCUUCUGACGCUGCACUACGACCGUUGCGGCCGCUACUACGGCUCUCCGAACGGCCAGGGCUCGUACGGCUGUGCCAGUGAGGAGGAGAAGAGGCUCACCAUGAUACUCUUCUCAAACAUCUUCGACUCGCUCGCCAAAAUGGAGUACGACCCAGACCUGUUCGGUAACGCUCUGCCGUGUCUGACGGCCAUCGGCUGCGCGCUGCCGCCCGACUACUCGCUCACCACGGGAUACGAGGACGAGCUGUUCCGACAGAGCACACGAACAGAUGCCAAGUACAUCCCGCAGCCCAUCGACACCAGCAGCGUGGCGCUGACCAAGGAGAUGGUGGACGUGAUCCAGAAGUUCAGCGACCACUACCACGACGCCUGGGCCUCGCGGAAGCUGGAGAACGGCUGGUUCUACGGCGAGGAGUACAACAGGGAGGAGCGGACGCACCCCCGCCUGAAGCCACCCUAUAUGCUCUCCGAAUAUGAGCGGGAGCGGUACCGAGAGCCGGUACGCCAGGCGCUCACCGCCCUGCUCGCCCUCGGCUGGACCGUCGAGUACGGAGAAGCCGACACUCUCAGUCCCAAGGGAUCCAUCCGACGCAGCUCGUCGCGACAGGAUGUGCCACCGAUAGCGGACUCGAGCAGCGGCGGCGGUCCCGCCAACUACAACCCCCAGCCGGUGGACAUGACCAACCUGACACUGAGCAGAGAGAUGCAGAACAUGGCCGAACGACUCGCCGAGAACGCCCACGACAUCUGGGCCAAAAAGACCAAACAUGAACUGGAGGCGUCCGCGGGCGCCAGCGCCCACCCUCAGAUGGUGCCCUACGACCUGCUCACUGACAAGGAGAAGCGCAAGGACCGAGAGCGAUGUCAGGAACUGCUCAAGUACCUCCAGUUCCAGGGCUACAAGCUGGCCAGAGCCCGCACCUCCCGCUCGGACAGCGAGAGCCAGGAGAAGGCCGCCGCGGCCGCCACCGAGCGCCGCUUCGCCUACAGCCUGCUGGAGAAGCUGCAGCAGUACCUGGGCAGCGCGGCGCUCAACAUGAAGGUGCUGGUGCCCAGUCAGAACCUCGGCCAUCGCGUCAGCUUCAAACGGCCGUCCAGGGACGUCAAGUUCUUCUUCAAGGUGGUACUGCCACUGAUGGAGAAGUACUUCAGCACCAACAGGAGCUACUUCAUCGCCGUGCCCACCGUCACUAAUAUGGUCGGAGCGGCCAGUCUCAAGGAGAAGGAGAUGGUCGCCAACGUGUUCUGCAAGCUGGCCCACCUGCUGAGGAUGAAGAUGUCGUCGUUCAGCAGCGACACCAGACUGGCCGUCCGAUGUCUGACCGUGCUGGUGCGAGCCGUCGACGCCAGGUCGCUGGCCAAACAGUGUCCCGAGUUUGUCCGCACCUCGAUGCUGACCUUCUUCAACCACGCUGCGGAAGAUGUGGGCACCACGGUGCAGCAUCUUCAGGAGUGUCUGGUGAAGUGGGGACUGCUCAACAUAAACGUUAGGGAACGAGGCGGAGUCAUACAGGAGAAAUACAGCUACAUCCGCGGCACGCACCUGAAGACGUCGUCGUGUCUCAACUACGUUCAGCUGGUGCUGUUCCCGGUGCUGACCGCCUUCUUCGACCACCUGGUCGUCUGCGAGUACGGAACUGACCUGCUCCUGGAUGAGAUCCAGGUAGCCUGCUACAAGCUGUUCCAUGGCCUUUACCAGCUGGGAACAGACCCGAAUCUUUCCAACCAGAGGAAGUUCAUCAAGGCGGAGCUGGACCGCCACCGCCCCUCGCUGGGAACCUGCCUGGGCGCGUUCGCCGCCUGCUUCCCCGUGGCCUUCCUGGAACCCGAUCUGAACAAAUACAACCAGUACUCGAUCCACGGACGGCUGCAAGAGAGGUCCCUCGAGGCACAGGAGGUGAUGGCCCGCCUGGAGGCGGCCGUGCCGACCCUGGAGGAGAUCCUGAAGAUGGUGGAAAAGUUUGCCGAGAGCGGCGGCAAGUACGACGAGGCGCGCCACAUCGUCGACUCGCUGCUGCCCAUGCUGUGCGCGUAUCUGCCGUUCUGGUGGUCGCAGGGACCGGACAACGCCGGCGAGGGAGAAACCCAGAGCACGACCCGCGUCACGGACGGCCACAUGAACCAGCUGCUGAAGAACAUCCUGCACCUCAUCAAGUCCAACAUCGGCAGCGCCGAGGCGCCGUGGAUGACGCGUAUCGCCGGCUACGCGCAGCAGAUUAUCGUCAGCUGCUCACCGGACCUGCUCUACGACCCGUACCUGCCGCUCGCUGAAAAGGUUCGCCGUCGGACGGAGGCCAUGUACCACAAGGAGGAGAACCUGCGCGGCUUCCUGAAGAGCACCACCGAGGACACGUCUCAGGUGGAGGGCCAGCUGCAGGAGAUGUGGUACCUGCUUGUCAGAGACAUCUACGCCUUCUACCCGCUGCUCAUUAAGUACGUGGACCUGCAGCGCUCCCACUGGCUCAAGGACUGCGUGCCAGAGGCCGAGGACCUCUACAACCACGUGGCCGUCAUCUUCGAGAUCUGGUCAAAGUCGCAGUACUUCACCCGCGAGGAGACCAACUUUAUCUCCCAGAACGAGAUCGACAACAUGACGCUGAUCCGUCCGACGACGACGGCGCGCCGCACCACGGCAGCCGUCUCGGAGCCGUCGGCCGGCCGCGGCAAGAAAAAGAAGAAGCGCGGUGACAAGAAGAAGAGCAAGGACAAGGACGUGGCGUCGAGUCUGAUGGUGGCCUGUCUGAAGCGCCUGCUGCCGGUGGGACUGAACCUGUUCGCCGGCCGUGAACAGGAGAUGGUGCAGCACGCCAAGGACCGCUACCUCAAGGGUAUCGCCGAAUACGAGAUCAUUGAAACGACCAAGGCGGAGCUGACCAUGCCGGACAGACUCGACCCGACCGACUCUAAGUCCUGGCAGCAUCAUCUCUACAGUAAGCUUGGCGGCGGCGCUCGAAAGGCCAUCACCGAGUCGGAUAAGACCAUCUCGGAGAAGGCGCCCACCGUACAGGAUAUCGUGCAGCGUAUCGUUGACAUGGCCAAGGUUCUCUACGGACUGCACAUGAUUGACCAUCCUCAGCUGAGCCGACAGCAGGUGCUCCGAUCCGUGCUCAGCGUGCAGCGAAAGCGUGCCGUCAUUCAGUGCUUCCGACAGGCGUCGCUGCAUCAGAUGACCAGGCACCGUGCCGUGAACCUGUUCCUGCAGACCUACAGCAACGUGUGGCUCUCAGACGAGAACUCGGGUCAGGAGGUGCUCAUCGAGGAUCUCACGCAAUCGUUCGAGGACAGCGAGCGUAAUAAGAAGACCACCAAAGAAGAGGACGAGGAGGAGGCUCCCGACCCGGUCACCCAGCUGGUCACCAUGUUCUCGCGCCAGGCGCAGAUGGAGCAGGGGCCUCAGUGCGAGGACGCACUCUACAUGGACUACGCCGUCAUCAUGGCCAAGUCCUGCGGCGAGGAAGAGGAAGAAGGGGGAGACGAGGAGGAGGGAGAGGAGGGAGCUGGGGACGAAGGCGACACUGCUGACGCCAUGAACGAGCAGGAGAUCGAGAAGCAGAAGCUGCUGUUCUGUCAGGACCGGCUGUCCAGCCGCGGAGUGGCCGAGAUGGUGCUCCUCAAUAUCUCCGCCAGCAAGGGCCAGCCCAGCGAGAUGACCAUGAAGUCGCUGGACCUGGGCAUCUCCAUUCUACGCGGAGGAAACGUGGAUGUGCAGAUGGCCAUGCUGAACUACCUGAAGGAAAAGAAGGACUCGUCGUUCUUCGUGUCCAUCUCUGGUCUGAUGUCAUCCUGCAGCGUGCUCGACCUGGAUGCGUUUGAGCGGAACACCAAGGCGGAGGGCCUGGGUGUCGGCUCAGAGGGCGCCGCUGGAGAGAAGAACAUGCACGACGACGUGUUCACGUGCGCCGUAUUCCGGUUCCUGCAGCUCACCUGCGAGGGCCACAACCUCGACUGGCAGAACUACCUGCGCUCCCAGGCGGGUAACACCACCACUGUCAACCUGGUCAUCUGCACGGUGGACUACCUGCUGAGGCUGCAGGAGUCCAUCAUGGACUUCUACUGGCACUACUCGUCCAAGGAGAUCAUCGACCAGGCCGGCAAGUCCAACUUCUUCAAGGCGAUCGGCGUGGCCAGUCAGGUGUUCAACACGCUGACUGAGGUCAUCCAGGGCCCGUGUGUCGGCAACCAGCAGGCGCUGGCCCACUCCAGGCUGUGGGACGCCGUCGGUGGCUUCCUGUUCCUGUUCUCCCACAUGCAGGACAAGCUGUCGCGCCACGCCAGUCAGGUGGACCUGCUCCGCGAGCUGCUCAACCUGCAGCAGGACAUGAUCAUCAUGAUGCUUUCCAUGCUGGAAGGGAACGUGGUGAACGGCACUAUCGGUAAACAGAUGGUGGACACGCUGGUGGAGUCAGCAUCAAACGUCGAGAUGAUUCUCAAGUUCUUCGACAUGUUCUUGAAGCUGAAGGAUCUGACCGAAUCGACCAACUUCCAGGAUAUCGAUCAGAACAACGACGGCAUGAUCACACCGAAGGAGUUCAAGGACAAGAUGGAGCAGACCAAGGCUUACACCUCUCAGGAGAUCAACUUCCUGAUCAUGUGUUGCGACGAGAACCACGACGGCAAGAUUGACUACCUGGAGUUCACGGAGCGCUUCCACAACCCGGCCAAGGAGAUCGGCUUCAACCUGGCCGUGCUGCUCACCAACCUGUCAGAGCACAUGCCCAACGAUCCCAGACUGGCUCGUUUCCUGGAGACUGCCGGCUCGGUGCUGAACUACUUCGAGCCGCUGCUCGGUCGUAUCGAAAUCCUCGGCGGCAACAAGAAGAUCGAGCGUGUCUACUUUGAGAUCAAACAGGAGCACAUUGAACAGUGGGAGAAGCCGCAGAUCAAGCAAUCGAAGCGGGACUUUUUCUACCAAGUGGUGACCGAGGGUGGCGACAAGGAGAAGCUGGAGCUGUUCGUCAACUUCUGUGAGGACGCCAUCUUUGAGAUGCAGCACGCCACCAGCCUGAUGGGGGAGGAGGAGGACGCCAAGCCGGGCGGAAAGAGCAAGGAGACCUUCGACAUCCUCAAUGCCGACGAGGAGGAAAAGAGCGGCAUGGACCUGGUCAAGUCCUACCUCGGCAAGCUGAAGGACAUGCUUCUGGGCGGCCUGAGCGCCAUCGCGCCCGCCAACCUGCGCCGCCGGCUGGCCGAGCUUCGCCGGAUGACUGCCGUCGAGCUCCUGCUGGCAGCCUUCCGCCUCGGUUUCCAGCUAGUCUACUACACGGGCUGGGCGGCCGCCGCCGUCAUCAAGUACGUCCUGGGCGUCAUCAACGCGCUGAUGCAGGGCGAGCGGCUGGAGAAGCCGCCCGAGAAGAAGGAGGAUGACGUGUUCGGUCCGAUGACGCUGGCGGUGACGCCGCCGCCGCCGCCCGUGCUGCCGCUACCAGAGCCGGGAGGCAGUCCGCCGCGGGAUGGCACGCCCGCCAGGAUGCUGGAUGAGAGCGGUCGUGAGAUGUCUGAGCCGGGCGCCACCCCGGCCGAAGGAGCCGAGACCACCGAGGAACCCAAGUCCGAGGUGGUGUCUGCCAAGGAGGCGGAGCGGAGGGAGAUUGAGAAGCAGCAAGCGGCUGUGCUGGAGGAGAAGGAGGACACGAACGCGCCGACCACCGCCGCCGAGCCGGCCGCCGUCGCUCAGGUUGACCUUAGCGAGUACGUCCACCGCGUGGUCAGCUUCCUCGCCCGCAACUUCUACAACCUCAAGUACAUGGCGCUGGUGUUGGCGUUCUGCAUCAACUUCAUGCUGCUCUUCUACAAGGCGAGUGCCCUGCUGGAGGACGGAGAAGAUGAUGAAGAAUCGGCGGCGGACUUGGCUGAUCAGAUAUCGGGCAGUGGAUCGGGAUCGGGCGAAUUGGACAUAACGGGCUCUGGAGACGGCGCGGACGGCGGAGGCGACGACGACGAUGAAGACGGGCCCGAAUGGAUCCACGUCGACGACAAGUACUUUUUCCUGGAGCACGUGGUUCGCCUCAUGUCUAUCAUUCACAGUAUCGUUUCGCUCUUCAUGCUGGUCGCCUAUUAUCAUCUCAAGGUGCCUCUAGGUAUCUUCAAGCGUGAGAAGGAGGUGUGCCGUAAGCUGGAGUUCGACGGCCUGUACCUGGCCUCUCAGCCUGAAGAUGACGAUCUGAUGGCACACUGGGAUAAACUGGUCAUAUCGGCAAAAAUGUUCCCGGCCAACUACUGGGACAAGUUUGUCAAGAAGCGUGUCCGCCAAAAGUACAGCGACUCGUAUGACUUUGACCAGAUCAGCAACCUGCUCGGCAUGGAGAAAUCGGUGACCAUGUCGCAGCAGUCGACCGGCAGCGGCUUCUUCCACUUCAUCACGUCCAUCGACUGGCGGUACCAACUGUGGAAGAUCGGUGUCACGUUCACCGACAAUGCGUUCCUGUACUCGUUGUGGUACUUUGUCUUCUCCAUCCUGGGCAACUACAACUACUUCUUCUUCGCGGCGCACCUGCUGGACGUGGCCGUGGCCGUGCCGUCACUGAAGACGAUCCUGCAGUCGGUCACACACAACGGAAAACAGCUCUGCCUCACGCUGCUUCUGCUGACCAUCGUCGUCUACAUCUACACCGUGAUCGCCUUCAACUUCUUCCGGAAGUUCUACGUACAGGCCGAGGAUGACAACAUCGACCAAAAGUGCCACGACAUGUUUACAUGUUUCGUGUUCCAUCUGUACCAAGGCGUGCGCGCCGGUGGUGGUAUCGGUGACGUCAUCGACCCGCCCGACGGCGACCUCAACGAGGUGUACCGCAUCCUGUUCGACAUCUCCUUCUUCUUCUUCGUCAUCGUCAUCCUGCUGGCCAUCAUCCAGGGUCUGAUCAUUGACGCGUUCGGCGAGCUCCGUGACCAGCUGGAGUCGGUGAAGGAGGACAUGGAGUCCAACUGCUUCAUCUGCGGCAUCGGCAAGGACUACUUCGACAACGUGCCGCACGGCUUCGAGACGCAUGUGCAGAAGGAGCACAACCUGGCCAACUACAUGUUCUUCCUGAUGCACUUGAUCAACAAGGACGAGACCGAGUACACGGGUCAGGAGACAUACGUGUGGACGCUCUACCAACAGCGCUCCUGGGACUUCUUCCCCGUCGGAGACUGCUUCCGCAAACAGUAUGAAGAUGAGCUGACGGGCGGCGGCGGCGGCAGCUAGGCGCUCCCAUCAAGAACAAUGAAACUUUAUACAGCGGUAGAUAUUGAAGUUUUGAUGACAGUUUUCAAAGAUAGUUUUACGCUGAUCCUGGCUUUAAUUCUCCGUGACAGAAAAAUACUUUCAGUUUACAGUGUCCGUUAUUGGACAAUGGACACCCUGUGAAGUUGUCUGUGCCAGUAGCGUGCCUUUGCCACUGGAGCUGGUGUCUGGCUCGCCCGCCCUGUGUCUGAGCCGUAGCGGGGACGAGUUGUCCCUGCACCGCUCCGGGUGUGUCUUUGGUCCGCUGGAAGGACCGAGACGCCUUCUACCCCCGUCUUUUCCGUGUGUGACCCGGUGAUCGGUAUAAGCGCCGCUGGGGGGCGCCACUCGAGCUUCUCUGCUCUGAUAACUGCGCCCGCCCCGUCCAUUUGUGAUACCCCUAGUCAUAUUUGAACACCACCGCUCUCUUCUGUCCUCCAGGCCAGUGGGUUGGCCGGAGCGUUUCGUUUCGAGUUUUUAACGAUCGAAUCCUGUAAUCUGGUUGAAUAUACACGACAAUACAGUAGAAACACGACG